AUGCCACAAAGAAAUGCUGGGCAAUACAAACCCAGUAAAGCUGAAGCCUGUCUCCUCCCACAUUGGAGCAGCGUGGUGGUUUUACAGCUCCGGAGGGGGCGAAGUCCCAGAGGGAGUGGUAACAGCAAAGCGAGGAAGACUUCGGCUUUGUCCCAGUGUUUACCACUGCUUCCUCAGAGUUCAACUUUCACCUCGAGCAAUAAGGUCAUGGAUUCUCCCAUCAUCCACCUGUCAGACGUGCAGUUUCAGUGUUGCAUCUGUCAGGAUGUUUUCUCGGAGCCAGUCUCCAUCCCCUGUGGUCACAGCUUCUGCUUCACCUGCAUCACGUCACAGUGGGACGGCAGCGUUGCCAUCAGCUGUCCCAAAUGUCAGACGGCCUUCGAGGGCCGUCCAGAGUUUUGUGAGAACUAUUUCGCCAAGGAAAUGUCUGAGCAGAUUCGAGCAAGAAGGCAGAACGGCAUCAUGUCAACGGUGGGGAAAACCAUACAUUGUGAUGUGUGCGUCGGGAAGCAAACAAAGGCCUUGAAGUCCUGCCUUGUGUGUUUGACCUCAUAUUGUGAGAGUCACCUGGAGCCCCACCUGAGAGUGGCCACCUUGAAGAUUCACAAACUGAUUGAACCUGUUGCACUGCUGGAGAACAGGAUGUGUAAAAGUCACCGAAGGCUCCUAGAGCUGUACUGCAGGAGUGACCAGAGGUGUGUGUGCGUUCUUUGCACCGAGACCGACCACCGCUGUCAUGACAUCGUCCCAGUAGAGCGAGAGAGUCGGGAGAAGAAGGCUCAGAUGAAAAGGAAUGAGGUUGAUGUUCAGCAGAUGAUCCAGGACAGGCUAGAGAAGGUGGAGGAGCUCAAACACUGUGUGGAGCUCAGCAAAGAAAACUCAGACAGGGACAUCGAGGAUAGUAUGGAGCUCUUCUCUGUUCUGUUCCGUUUAAUGAAAAGAAGCCAGGCUGAGCUGGUGGACGUGAUCCAGAAGAAGCAGACGGCAGCAGAGCAGAGGGCGGCCAGGCUCAUCACAGAGCUGGAGCUGGAAAUCACUCAGCUGGAGAGGAGGAGAAGUGAGAUGGAGCAGCUUUCUCACUCAGAGGACCACCUCCGUCUUCUGCAGAGGUUUCCGGCUCUGAGUCCUCCACACUCCACCAAAUCCUGCUUCGACAUCAUUGUCCAUUCACAAACAUGUUUGGGGGAUCUGAGGAGAGCUGUGGCCGACACUGAGGAGCACCUUCGUUUGGCUUUAAAAAAGCUUUCCAUUCAAGAGCACCAGAAGAUGCAGCAGUAUGCAGCUGAUGUUCACCUGGACCCUAGGACAGCCAACACUUGGCUGGUACUAUCGCAGGAUGGCAGACAGGUCUGGGAUGGAGAUGUUGAACAGAACCUGGUGGACAUACCAGAGCGUUUUGACAAAGCACCAUGUGUCCUUGCCUCUCAGGGUUUCACCACAGGGAGGCACUACUGGGAGGUGGAUGUUGGAGUUAAGACAGCGUGGGACUUGGGUGUAGCUCAGCAGUCAGUCAACAGGAAAGAUGUGGUGACACUCUGCCCGGAGGACGGAUACUGGACUGUUUGUCUGAGGAAGGGCAGCGAGUACCGGGCAUGUGCAGAACAGGCAGAACUGCUGGUUGUCUCUGAGAGGCCACGGGUCAUCGGCAUGUUUUUGGAUUACGAGGAUGGAACGCUGUCAUUUUAUGAUGCAGAGGCCCAGUCACACAUCUAUUCCUUUACACACAUUAAAUUCACAGACGUCAUGUUUCCCUUUUUUAAUCCAGAAAUGAGUGACAGUGCCGACAACAAAUCACCACUUAUCAUCCGUCCUGUCAGUGGAGUCAAUGGAGGCCAGGAUUUUCUGUUUUAAAAUAAAUCAUAAAACUGU